AUGCAAAAAGAUGAUUUUAAGUCGACUAAGUGUUUAGAAUCUAAUAUUACUAAUAGAAAACUUAGUGUUGAGCGCAGUAAAGUGGAAUGGUUGAAGAUUCAAUGGAUACUUUAUAAUAAAAUGCAUCCAUUGUCUAUGUAUUAUAAAUACUCCAACAACCAAGAUGCUCUUUUUACUGAGGUCAUUUUCUCCAAAAGAACUUCAAGAGACCCUUCCAAUUUUGAGCUUGAGGUUUUAUACCCAAAUGGAAAAAAAAACAAUACUGAAAAAAAGAAGGACCCUCUAUGCCUUUUAGAGCAUGCACCACCUGCAUAUCACCCUUUUUACCAUGCACUGAGAGACUCCAAUAAUGAGGAAAAUAAUCUGGAUGGUGACUUAAGUGACUCUACAUUUGAAUAG